AUGAUUGCCUGCUAUGCUCUAAAACCAGAAAAGAGCACAGGCGGUUUCCAGACUCAAGAAGAAACACCCCUCAGGUUCAGCCACACAGAGCCCUGCUGCUACGGUGCCCAGCUGCAGUCACUUCUGGCUGGGCUGAUCAAAAGAGCAACCAGCAGGGGGACAGGAGGUGGCCGUCUGGUGCUAAAAUCGUCCUUGAGUUCACUGACACCUGUUCUCACAGCUGAGCACCUGUCCCAGCCAAUCUCCCCUGGUGGAAGCCACCCACCCAUUCCACACACUUCUCUGGCACCUCGGUGCUCUCUGCGACCUCUUUUCUCCCGCCAUGGUGGCCAUGGUGAACACUGGUGUCUGCUGCUACCUAAUCUCUUCUGUACACUGAAACUGAGGAAUGCGGAGGAAAAAAACCUCACAGAAGUGACAGAGUUCAUUUUCCUGGGAUUCUCCAGAUUCCAUGAGCACCAGAUCACCCUCUUUGUGGUUUUUCUCAUCCUAUACACAUUAACCCUGGCUGGCAACGCCAUCAUUGUGACCAUCAUCCACAUGGAUCGUCACCUCCACACACCCAUGUACUUCUUCCUGAGCACGCUGGCUAGUUCCGAGACCAUGUACACACUGGUCAUCAUUCCGCGGAUGCUCACUGGACUUACAGCCCAGAACCAGCCAAUCUCCUUAGCAGGUUGUACCACUCAAAUGUUCUUCUUUGUCACCUUAGCCAUCAACAACUGCUUUCUGCUCACAGUGAUGGGGUAUGACCGCUAUGUGGCCAUCUGCAACCCCCUCAGAUACAUGGUCAUCAUGAGCAAGAGGGUGUGUGUCCAGCUGAUGUGUGGGGCCUUUGGGAUUGGCCUGGCCAUGGCAGCUGUCCAGGUGACAUCCAUAUUUACUUUACCCUUUUGUCACAGGGUGGUUGGUCAUUUCUUCUGUGACAUUCUCCCUGUCAUGAAACUCUCCUGUAUUGACACCACUAUCAAUGAGAUCAUCAACUUUGUUGUCAGUUUAUUUGUGAUCCUGGUUCCCAUGGGCCUGGUCUUCAUCUCCUAUGUUCUCAUCAUCUCCACCAUCCUCAAGAUCGCCUCGGCCGAAGGUCGGAAGAAGGCCUUUGCCACCUGUGCCUCCCACCUCACUGUGGUCAUUGUCCACUAUGGCUGUGCCUCCAUUGCCUACCUCAAGCCCAAGUCAGAGAAUUCUGUAGAACAAGACCUCCUUCUCUCAGUGACCUACACCACUGUCACUCCCCUGCUGAACCCUGUUGUUUACAGUCUGAGGAACAAGGAGGUCAAGGAGGCCCUAUGCAGAGCUGUGAGCAAAAACAUUUCUUAA